AUCUUUGCACGCUGUACUGUAUACACUCGCAGUCGCGAUCGUCUACUUGCUGACGCGUGUAUAAAAGACACCAUGGGCAAAGCUAACAAGCAAAAAAGUAAACUUGUCAAAUUAAAACACAGCCGCAAGGGGAAUGGUGCAGGCCAGCAUGGAAAUCAAAACAAUCCUUUCAAAGUCUCCAGUUUCAAAGCUAUGAAGGCCAAGAACAAAGCCAAAGCAAUCUCAACUAAUUUGAAAAAGUUAAAACUGCAGGGUAAGAAUGAAGUCACCGGGAGCGACGAAAUUCAGAUACAAGAGUUGUUGGUACAGAAACAACAACAGCCACUCAAAAAGACCACAGAAGAAAGACCACCGGUGGAUAGUACAGUGGAUAUGGAUAAAGCUGCCGGCCAAUUUGCUAAUCUCUGAUCAUUUAAAUGAGGAAUGCAAUAUGGUUUACCACCGCUAUCAACCACUCAAUCGAUACACCGAAUACGCUUCAACACGAGGCUUAAGGUAAAAGCCUACUCAGAAAUGAAAAUACCCAAGGAUUUGAAUAAACUGCAGUAUGUACUGUAA